AUGCCUGCUCGUGCUUUGAACGAAGGUAACGACAAAAGAUAUCUGCGAAUCUCCAAAACGACGGAUGAAGACGACGAAGAAGAAAAUGAAGCGAGGGGUGUCCCCGUGGCUUCAUUUUAUACUGAUGAGAUAACCACCCGUGGCUUGAUCAAGUACCUGAAGAAGAAGUCUUUCAUCAGCAAGCAACGCGCUAAAGAACUGAAAAUAUCCGGUCUGUCCAAGCACGAUAUUGCCGAAAUGUACUCAAAGUAUGUCGCGCUUGUUACGAAGCCACAGAGGGGUUAA